AUGCUGACAUUGGACGUCCAAAAUGCGUUUAAUAGCGCUUCCUGGACUGCCAUCAUCAAGGCUUUGGAAAGAACUGACACCCCGAAGUACCUGCAGAACGUUCUCGGUCAGUACCUAUCGGACAGGCGCAUAAUUGUAGAAAAGUCGGACGGCGCGCCAAGCGUCAUUGAGAUGAGCUGCGGAGUUCCACAGGGCUCGGUGCUGGGACCAGUCCUGUGGAAUCUAAUGUAUGACGGACUGCUGAGCAUCGAACUACCCGUCGACACGGAGUUGAUUGCAUUCGCGGACGACGUGGCCAUCGUAUGCACGGCUCAAGUGCCCUGCAUACUUGAGGAGAGCCUCGGCAAGGCACUCCAGGAUGUGGUGACCUGGAUGACUAACAACGAACUACAACUCGCCCUGCACAAGACCACGUCUUCACCAACAGGAAUGUGCAUAACACAAUGA